AUAAUUCUGGAACUAAACAGUGGUGAUGGUUGCACAGCAUGGUGCAUGUCUUAGUGCCAACAAAUUGUGCACUUGAAGAGGGUAAAAAAGAUGAAAUUUAUGAAUGUGCAUUUUACCAAAAUAACAAUAUCUGUGUAGGACUUGAAUUCUCUUAUGAUUACUUAAAGUUCUCCCUUCCCUGGAGCAAACAAAUGUCCUGGGGUUAACAAGAAAAGGUGUUGGGGGAAAACUGUAGGUUGUAACUAUUUUUCUCUAUCUUUGUGCAUAAUUAUGAUGAAGGGCUUUACCUUGGAUCUUGUCUGGACAGGCAAACGUGAAGAACUUAAGUUAUUGUUGUGUCAGAUUUUAGCAGGUUUACAUAACUAUCCUAUUUAAUUUACAGUUGGGAACCAUGUUGUUCCAACUGAAAAAAAAAAAAAACUGAUUCCACUUCUGCACAAUGAUUUCCUGGAGAUCAGGAUCCAGGGGAGCAUUAAGAUUUUAAAUCAGAACAUAUAGUCAGGUGUAGACACUGGAAGAAUAACAGGGUGGGUUGAUUUCCACUGUGCUGAAUUCGAUGCUGCUGAAGAAGUGGCGUCCAGGAUUUGGAUGAGGGUUUUGGAAGGGAUGGGUGGAUAGACUAGAAGCUUAAACUGAUCGGGCUCAUGAUUUUUUUUUUUUUGCAGACUUCUGAACAGUGAAAUCUAUUACUGAGGAAAACCAAAGGAGGCCUGGGUAGAUAGGUCUCAGUUAGACACCAGCUACUAGAAGAGCUUUCUCAGAGACUGAUUGGAAUAUUCUCCAUUAGAUAUGGCUGCAAAUUGCACAUCCUCAUGGCGUCAGAGAGAACCCUGCAACAGACCUGGGUUGGAGCUGCCACAGUCUAUGGCAUCCUCAGAAACUCAACUUGGAAAUCACAACGUGGACCCUGAGAUUUCUCACGUGAACUUCAGGUUGUUCAGCUGCUCGGAGGAUUCGGACCCCAUCCAGGCUCUGAGGAAACUCACUGAGCUGUGCCAUCUGUGGCUGAGGCCCGACCUCCACACCAAAGAGCAGAUCCUGGACAUGCUGGUGAUGGAGCAGUUCAUGAUCUCCAUGCCCCAGGAGCUCCAGGUCUUAGUCAAGGUGAACGACGUGCAGAGCUGCAAAGACCUGGAGGACCUGCUACGAAACCACAGAAGACCCAAGAAAUGGUCUGUAGUCACCUUCCAGGGAAAGGAAUAUCUUAUGCAGGACUCAGAUGUUGAGAUGGCUGAAGCCCCCACCAGUGUCAGGGAUGAUCCUAGAGGCAUGUCCAGCCAGCGGGCCUCCUCUGUGAACCAGAUGCGUCUGGGGGAAGGCCAGGCCCGCCAAGAGCUGCAGACCCUGCCCAGGGUCCCUGCACGGUCCAGGAGGCAGGAGGAGGACUUCCGACUGCCAAAGACUAUUGUCAUGAAAGGAGGUCCAAAGACUCUGAGACCCAAGCCGACCUUGGAGAAGGGUCUGAACGUAGACAGAAAGGAGAACCCAGGACUUACAUCCCCAGAGCCUCAGCUUCCAAACGGUCCCACAGGUGUGGUGGGAGCUAAGGAGGGGCAGGACCCCCAAAAAAGAGCCUCUGUGGAAAAUGUGGAUGCCGACACACCUUCUGCCUGCGUUGUGGAGAGAGAAGCUUCGACUCACAGCAGGAACAGAGGAGAGGCUCCGAAUCUCAGAGGCCCCAAAAGAAGCAAACCAGACGCCACCUCCAUUUCCCAAGAAGGGCCUCAAGGAGGAGCCACACCUGUGGGCAACAGAGAAUCCCUGGGACAAGCUGGGAUCAAUCCAGUUCAUUCCCCAGGCCCUGUGGGCGCAGGCAGUCAGCCUGUUGGCCAAGAAGCCAAGGAACUGCUGCUCUUUGCUUGUGGCGUGUGCAAUAAGAGGUUUAUGUGUAAUUCCAAGCUAGUCAUCCACAAGAGAUCACACACCGGAGAGAGACCCUUUCAAUGUAACGUCUGUGAAAGGUGCUUCAUGCAGCUCUCAGACCUCCGCGUUCACCAGCGAAUCCACACUGGUGAGAAGCCCUACACAUGCGACGUCUGCCACAAGCGGUUCAACAGGAGGUUCUCCUUGAAAUGUCACAAGAGGAGCCACACAGGAGAGAAGCCCUACAAAUGUAAAGACUGCAAGAAAAUUUUCACCUACAGGAAGAACCUGAAUGAGCACAAGCUCAUCCACUCCGGAGAGAAACCCUAUCAGUGUUCCAAGUGUUCGAGAGCCUUUCGUCGGCCUGAAACGUUAAAAUACCACCAGAAAACACAUCUAGAAACCACUGCACCCAGAGAAUGAGAAGGAUGAUUUUUCAUUGAUGUUAUUAGAUAACACAGGUGCAUGGCCACCCAGCACACAGAGGGAGUGCCCUAGGUAGGAAUCGCCAGGAUGUCCGAGGAAAUAUUCAUUCUCCGCACUGAGUUUUGUUUUGUUUCAUUAUGCCUAUUGGGUUUGUGUUGCUGUUCUUUCAAUAAACAUCUAAUUAGUUUAAUUAGUUUUUCAGUAUUUUAUAACAAAAAACUGAGCCUUCUGAUUGACAUGCUAUUACCCACUGUUUUGCUGUAAAGUAAAAUUGUCAAAGUAGGGUGUCCAGAUUAAAUACACAAUGCCUGGAGAAAUUUGUGUUUCAAAUAAACAAUUUUUUUAAGUAUCAGCUUGUUCUAGAUUAUUCAUUAUUUAUCUGAAAGUCAGCUUCUAUUGGGCAUCCUGUAUUGGUUUCUUUUCUUUUCUUUUUUUU